AUGGGGCGAUGGAGUGCUGCCCUCCUUUCUGGGCGCCCGGAGUCGGUGAGCUUCGGAGUGUGUGGCCUCCUGGGCGCCGGGGCAGGGCUCGGGCCGUGGCCCGCACACUGCGGCUCGCAGCCAGUACAGGUCUUUUUGGAGAGGCCUUUCCCGGGCGGCUCGGCCGGGCUUCCGCUCCAGCGACCCCCUUUCUGCCCCUUUGCGGCCCUGCACCAGCCGCCCCUGCGAACCGCGCUGCCCACGAAUCGAGGUGUGGAUUUGGACGUGGCCGACAUUCUCCAGUCCAGCAACUACACUGUCUUGUUGACCCGAAAGACAUGUACCCUCAGAAUUUACCCCAACCUCUGGGUACCCUCAGGCACUGGCCUCUCUGACUUGCCCUCUCACUGCCUGCUGUUGGACAAAGGGCUUCAACAACUUUGGGGAGAGAGUGGACUCCAGCUGCCCCAGGGGUUCUCCUGGGUCUCUCUGGGGUUAUGGGAGUCUGCCUACCCUGCUAGGCUGAUCUGGGGUCUCCCCAAAUACCACCCCCAUUAUCUACUUGUGGUCUCCCAGGAGUCACAGGAGCAGCUGCAGGCCUGGAUCCAACCAAACCCAAGUGAGGUGAGCGCCUUUCUAUGGCUGGGCCCAGAUGCAGCACCUGCAGGGGUUACCAUAGAGGAUGGGACAGAUACCCAGACAUCUCUCCCAGGACACCUACCGCCCUCUGUCCUCGCAGUGGAACUAGAGGAAGACGGAAGAGCUCAACCUCGGGCCUUGCCCAUGACCACACUGCUGUGA